AAACCGGAAUAAUUGAAUACAACAGCUAUAUGAACAUUUUCGAAAGCACAGCUCAAUGUAAUCUUCGGAUCUAUCUCUGUCUCUCCAUUUUCUUUGAACUUCGAAGAGAGUUUGUGUAAUCGUUUAUGGAACUCGUAAUGCAAAUACAGCGUUGUUUGAAUUUCAACUAAAAGCACUGAAGAUUGAUGGUUCACACUCUCAACAGAUUGAAUUGGGGACAACUUUGAAGUAGAGCGAUUUCAAUGGCUGUUCCUGUUGAAGAAGCUAUUGCAGCUUUAUCUACUUUCUCGUUGGAGGAUGAACAACCUGAAGUUCAAGGUCCAGGAGUUUGGGUGUCAACUGAAAGAGGUUCAACGAAUAGUCCAAUUGAAUAUACUGAUGUUUCCGCAUACCGCCUAUCUUUAUCAGAAGAUACAAAGGCUCUAAAUCAGCUGAACACCCUUAUUCAAGAGGGGAAGGAUAUGACAUCAGUGCUCUAUACAUACCGAAGUUGUGUCAAAGCACUUCCUCAGCUUCCAGAUUCCAUGAAGCAAAGCCAGGCUGACUUAUAUCUAGAAACUUAUCGAGUUCUAGACCUGGAAAUGAGUCGACUGCGUGACAUUCAGCGUUGGCAAGUAUCAGCUGCAUCUAAACUAGCAGCUGAUAUGCAACGCUUUUCUAGGCCUGAGCGACGUAUCAAUGGCCCUACUGUAACUCAUCUCUGGUCCAUGUUGAAGUUACUUGAUGUUUUGGUGCAACUUGAUCAUCUUAAAAAUGCAAAAGCAAGCAUACCUAAUGAUUUCUCUUGGUAUAAGAGGACCUUCACUCAAGUCAGUAUUCAGUGGCAAGACACCGAUUCAAUGAGGGAAGAGUUAGAUGAUUUACAGAUUUUCUUGAGCACAAGGUGGGCAAUUUUGUUGAACUUGCAUGUUGAGAUGUUCCGUGUAAACAAUGUAGAAGACAUUCUUCAGGUCCUCAUAGUUUUCGCUGUUGAGUCUCUGGAGUUGGAUUUUGCACUUCUGUUUCCAGAACGGCAUAUUCUUCUUCGUGUUUUGCCCGUUCUUGUUGUCUUGGCAACAUCAUCUGAGAAAGAUAGUGAAUCACUAUAUAAGAGGGUGAAAAUUAACAGACUGAUCAAUAUAUUCAAGAAUGAUCCGGUCAUACCUGCAUUCCCAGAUCUUCAUCUUUCUCCAGCUGCAAUCUUGAAAGAGUUGUCGAUGUACUUCCCAAAAUUCUCUGCCCAAGCUCGUCUCCUCACUCUUCCAUCACCGCAUGAACUCCCACCCCGUGAAGCUCAAGAUUAUCAGCGACAUUAUCUGAUCAUCAAUCACAUUGGAGCAAUUCGUGCUGAACAUGAUGACUUCACGAUUCGUUUGGCUUCAGCUAUGAACCAGCUAGUGUUAUUGAAAUCAAUAGAUGGUGUAGAUAUUGAGUGGUGCAAGGAAGUCAAAGGAAACAUAUAUGAUAUGGUUGUUGAAGGUUUUCAACUCUUAAGCAGGUGGACCGCUCGCAUUUGGGAGCAAUGUGCAUGGAAAUUCUCUCGUCCCUGCAAGGAUCCAGUUCCUACAGAGUCACAUGAUACAUCAGCAUCAUUUUCGGACUACGAGAAGGUUGUACGGUAUAAUUACAGUCCAGAUGAAAGGAAAGCUUUGGUUGAACUUGUUAGCUACAUUAAGAGCAUUGGAUCCUUGAUGCAGCGGUGUGACACAUUGGUAGCUGAUGCAUUAUGGGAAACAAUCCAUGGCGAAGUUCAGGAUUUUGUGCAAAAUACAUUAGCAACUAUGUUGCGGACAACCUUUCGAAAGAAGAAGGACCUAUCUAGGAUUCUUUCCGAUAUGCGUACACUUUCAGCAGACUGGAUGGCAAAUACGAGCAAACCUGAAUCUGAGUUACAACAAUUACAGCAUGGAGGUGAAGAAAGUAAAGGGAACUUCUUUUAUCCAAGGCCAGUUGCGCCAACUGCUGCACAGGUGCACUGCUUGCAGUUCCUGAUAUAUGAGGUGGUAUCAGGUGGUAAUCUGAGGAAGCCUGGGGGGCUUUUUGGGAAUAGCGGCUCUGAAAUUCCUGUUAAUGAUUUGAAACAAUUGGAAACUUUCUUCUACAAGCUUAGCUUUUUCUUGCAUAUAUUAGACUAUACAGAAACUGUUGCAACUCUGACAGAUCUUGGUUUUUUGUGGUUCAGAGAAUUUUAUUUGGAAUCUUCUCGCGUAAUUCAGUUUCCUGUUGAAUGCUCUCUUCCCUGGAUGCUGGUGGAUCAUAUGAUUGAGUCGCAAAAUGCAGGUCUUCUGGAGAGUGUUUUAAUGCCAUUUGACAUCUAUAAUGAUUCUGCUCAGCAAGCAUUAGUUAUUCUCAAGCAACGCUUUCUCUAUGAUGAAAUUGAAGCUGAGGUGGAUCAUUGUUUUGAUAUAUUUGUUUCAAAGCUGUGUGAGACGAUUUUUACAUAUUACAAAAGUUGGGCAGCAAGUGAGCUACUUGAUCCCUCAUUCCUUUUUGCCCUGGAUAAUGGGGAAAAGUUUUCUGUCCAACCUAUGAGAUUCACUGCACUACUAAAGAUGACUCGAGUUAAGUUAUUGGGAAGGGCAAUUAAUUUAAGAAGUUUGAUUGCUGAGAGGAUGAACAAAGUCUUCAGGGAGAACAUUGAAUUUUUGUUUGAUCGGUUUGAGUCUCAGGAUCUAUGUGCUAUUGUGGAAUUGGAUAAACUUCUGAACAUCUUGCAGCUUGCUCAUGAAUUGUUAUCUAGAGAUCUUUCAAUCGACUCAUUCAAUCUCAUGUUGAGUGAGAUGCAAGAGAAUAUAUCUCUUGUUUCUUAUUCCAGUCGACUUGCUUCUCAGAUUUGGACAGAGAUGCAAAAUGAUUUUUUACCAAACUUCACGCUAUGCAAUACUACACAGCGAUUUGUUCGAUCAUCGAAAGUACCCCUUGCUCCUGUUCAGAAGCCUUCAAUUCCUUAUGCUAAAGCGAAUUUCUACUGUGGUACUCAGGUAGAACAUCAUCAAUUCAGCACCAUCACUGAAGUGAAUGUUUUCAAUACUGCAUUGUCUUUACAGAAUGAAAUAACUACCCUCGAACCAAUGAUCACAGGACUGCAAGAUGCAUUGCCAAAAUCAAUUGGACUUCUUCCUUUUGAUGGAGGAGUAACAGGUUGUUUGAGGCUUGUCAAAGAACAUCUUAACUGGGGGUCAAAAUCAGAACUCAAAGCAGAGGUUCUUCGUGGAAUAAAGGAGAUUGGAAGCGUAUUAUACUGGAUGGGGCUUCUUGAUAUUGUUCUGAGAGAAGUAGAUAUCACGCAUUUCAUGCAAACAGCCCCAUGGUUAGGCUUGAUUCCUGGUGCAGAUGGGCAAAUAUUGCAGUCCCAAGAUGGGGGAGAUAGCCCUAUCGUCACUCUCUUCAAAUCAGCAACUUCUGCAGCUGUGUCAAACCCAGGGUUCUCAAAUCCAACAGCAUUCUACACCAUAUCAAAACAGGCAGAAGCUGCUGAUCUGUUGUACAAAGCUAACAUGAAUACUGGAAGUGUGCUGGAAUAUGCCCUUGCUUUUACAAGUGCAGCAUUGGAUAAAUAUUGUACCAAAUGGAGUGCAGCUCCAAAGACUGGAUUCAUUGACAUUACAACUUCUAAAGACUUCUAUCGCAUAUUUAGUGGCCUCCAAAUUGAGUAUCUGGAGGGAUCUGUUCAAGUAUCACCAAGCAAUCAUGAAGUGCUAGGUGAUUCAGUAGCCUGGGGUGGUUGUACUAUAAUAUACCUACUUGGCCAGCAACUGCACUUUGAACUGUUUGAUUUUUCAUAUCAAGUCCUCAAUGUUGCAGAAGUGGAAGCUGCACCAAUUAUGCAUACUCAGAAGUAUGCUCAUUCUGUGCAGGGGUGGGAAGCCCUACUAGAAGCAAUGAAGAAAGCAAGGAGGCUGAAUAAUCAUGUGUUUUCGAUGCUGAAAGCCCGCUGCCCGCUGGAAGACAAACAGGCAUGCGCCAUUAAGCAAAGUGGUGCCCCGCUACAUCGCAUCAAGUUUGAAAACACAGUCUCUGCAUUUGAAACGUUGCCGCAGAAAGGUUCUUAAGUUGAUUCUUCCUUCAAUCUCUGUUGCCUUUUUUAUUUUUAUUUUAUCUUCUUUUUGUAUAGUAUAUAUCUGCUUGUUCAUGGUGCCAAAGAUUGUUGGCAUUGAAGCUCUUCUUCACGUCUGAUGUAAUAAUCAAAACAUCACAAUUAACAAAAUCCGGCAUUAAUAUUAAGACGCUAGAAUUGAGCCUCAAAAUUCACCAUUAUUGAAUGAAGUGUGAAACAAAGUUCUUUUUUUAUGAAGUUUGCAAAUCAGGUGCUUGAAAACCUUGUCAACACUCAAGAUUUUAGUACAUUGUAUCGAUGAAUGUAUAAUGAGAGGAUUACAUGAGGUUGGCUAUAAAACUACCUCUCCUA